AUGACUUCCACAGUAGAUACUGUUAGAAAUGACAGGUCCGUUGACCCUCAGUGGAAAAGGGACAUUUUAGAAAAGAAUGUAGACAAAAGAUACAAAACGGAGGAUGUUACCAAAACAAAAGGUAGUGAGUUCGAGGACUACUUUUUGAAAAGGGAGCUGUUGAUGGGCAUUUUCGAGAAAGGGUUCGAAAGGCCCUCACCAAUCCAAGAGGAAAGCAUACCAGUCGCUCUAGCAGGUCACGAUAUACUGGCAAGAGCUAAAAAUGGCACAGGUAAAACAGCAGCAUUUGUCAUCCCGCUGCUACAAAAACUUAACACGAAAGAGGGUCACAUCCAGGGCUUAAUUCUGUUGCCCACCAGGGAGCUCGCACUCCAGACGAGCGCAGUCGUGAAGGAGCUCGGAAAAUACCUGGACGUCGAGUGCAUGGUCUCCACAGGAGGAACCAGCCUCAGAAACGACAUUAUGAGGCUGUACAAACCGGUUCACAUACUCUGCGGAACCCCAGGACGCAUACUCGACCUCACGAACAAGGGUGUGGCAGUUCUGGGCCAGUGCCACUCAGUGGUGCUCGACGAGGCGGACAAGAUGCUCUCGCAGGAGUUCUGCCCUAUCGUGGAGGCGCUCCUGAAGUUCCUGCCCACGGAAAAACAGCUAAUCCUGUACAGCGCAACCUUCCCGGCGAGCGUGCAGGCAUUCAAGGAGCAGCACCUGCCGAACGCAUACGAAAUCAACCUCAUGGACGACCUGACGCUGCGGGGAAUCACGCAGUUCUACGCAUACGUGGAGGAGCGGCAGAAGGUGCACUGCCUGUCGACGCUAUUCGCACGCCUGCAGAUCAACCAGGCCAUAAUAUUUUGCAACUCUGUUGUGAGAGUGGAGCUGCUGGCGAAGAAGAUCACGGAGCUCGGAUUCUCAUGCUUCUACAUCCACGCCAAGAUGAUGCAGAACCACAGAAACAGAGUCUUCCACGACUUCAGAAACGGAGCCUGCAGGUGCCUUGUCUCCUCAGACCUGUUCACGCGCGGCAUCGACUUCAGAUUCGUCAACGUUGUUGUCAACUUCGACUUCCCAAAGAACUCGUCAACCUACCUACACAGAAUCGGACGUUCAGGACGCUUCGGACACCUGGGUUUAGCAAUCAACUUAGUGACGGAGCAGGACAAACAAUCACUUUUCAAAAUCGAAGAAGAACUUGCUACUGAAAUUAAACCAAUACCUGCUCACGUGGACCCCGCACUCUACUCAUGA